UCAAGAUCACAGAGAAGCCCUGGUUCCUGGGUAAACAAGAAGGGCCUGGGAACCUGUGGAUGGAUGUCUGUCUUCAACCAAUGGAUGUUUUUAAAGUAUAUCUGGGCCAGGCUGGUUCCUGUGUGGCAGAUCUGGUUCACAACAGGACUCUUCCCUCAAGGAGCUCCCCAUUGUUGGGGGAAAAGGAGAAACAAAGACCAGAAUUUGACCCUCUAGACCCAGAGAUUAUCGAGGUGGUCAGUUAUGUUUGGAAAUCGGCCAGACAGGAAAGGAAUUGAGGUGUGAUUGUGAAAAGCCUCUCUAGGCAGGAGAAGAGAAGAGGUCUCCAGGAUCUCAGGCGGAAUGUCUUGGGAAAGUGAUACAUGGAAGAAAGAGGCCCUGGGAGAUGAGCUUGCCGCUAUGAGACUGCAGAAGCUGGAACAGCAGUGGCGUCUGUUUGAGAAGAAGCAGCGACGGAAGCGCCAAGAGCCCCUCAUGGUUCAGGCCAAUCCUGACGCUUCAGUGCGGCCGCGGAGACCGAGGCGGCGGGAGAAGCGCUUCUCGGCUGACAGCGGCCCCAGGAACCCUUUCCUUCAGGAGAAUGUGCCAGAGGCGCAUUUGUGCCCUGGAUCCCACGGUAUCCUGGGCAUCGUGAGCUGCGGUGGAGAUGGCAGUGGCGAGCGUGAUCCUCUGCUGCCGCCGACAGAAGCAGGCAGUUCUGAUCUGGAGUUGGAGGAAAUCUCCGUGGAGGAUGUUCCUGCCUUGCCAUCUCCUUGUGAAGAGCCUCUGGGGACUCUUUUGCAACGCAAAGGCUGGCUAGCCUGCCAACGAUCUGGCGCCAGUGCUGAGGACAAGAGCGAAUUACAAGAUGUUGGAAAUGAAUACGAAGUGCCCAGUGCCAGAUCAAGCCCUGGAAUGGGUGGUGACGGUGGCCUUGGAGACUUGGCCUCCAACAAGGGCGAAGACCUGGAAGAGAAGAAAGAGGAGCCAGAGUUUACCAUGAGGAAAUCCCCAGGGACGGCCGACGAAGUGGUGUCCGAGGGCGCGCGCGGCUCGGGCAGCGGCAAGCCUCCCUGCGCCCCAGGCCCUCGGCUGGGCGAGGACAUGAAAGCCUAUGUGCUGCAGCCAGCGAUGCGCGGUCACACGGUGCAGUGUCGCAUCAGCCGCAACAAGGGCGGGGUAGACAAGGGCAUGUUCCCUUUCUACUACCUCUACCUGGAGGCAACCCACGGCCGGAAGCACUUCCUUCUGGCGGGACGCAAGAGAAAAUGGAGCAAAACCUCUAAUUACCUCAUCUCCUUAGACCCUACAGACCUGUCUCGGGAUGGGGACAAUUUUAUGGGCAAAGUCAGAUCUAAUGUCUUGGGCACCAAGUUCAGCAUCUUCGACAAUGGGGUGAAUCCGGAAAGGAAACAUUUUUUUCCGGAGACAGCUCAGAUCAGGGAGGAGCUAGGAGCUGUAUGUUAUGAGACCAACGUCUUGGGAUUCCGAGGGCCCCGGAAAAUGAAUGUUGUUAUUCCGGAAAUCAACGCCCAGAACCAGAGAAUCUGUGUCCAGCCAAAAAAUGAACAAGAAUCGCUCCUGAGUCGCCUCAAACGAGGGGCCAGCCAGGGCCUGGUCCUGAUGCAAAAUAAAGCCCCAUCGUGGAACGACCAGAGCGGCGCCUACGUGCUCAAUUUUCAUGGUCGGGUCACACGGGCCUCGGUCAAGAACUUCCAGAUCGUGCAUCCGGAUGACCCGGACUACUUCGUGCUCCAGUUUGGUCGUAUAGCCCCAGACGCGUUCAUCAUGGACUUCCGCUUCCCACUUUGCCCUCUCCAAGCCUUUGCCAUCUGCUUGUCCAGUUUCGAUGGGAAGCUGGCAUGUGAGUAA